UUGUGAUUAUAGGAUUAGUUUAAACGUAUUCAUUGCAUCACAUAUGCAUGGGACUGGAUUACAAGUUUUUACAAAAUUAUCUGGAUCCUCUCCCAGAUACUUAUAUCACCUUAAUUGCAAAUACAUUAUUUAUCAUUCAACAGCACAAUCAGUUAGUUUAACAUAUACAAAGAUUAAUAAGCAUGAAAAUAGGUAAAGUAAGAUUAUAGGAAUGGUGUGUUAUCAUGGGACAGAUUUGAAUUUUUACUUCCGUUUGCUUGUAUCAGAAUAAGCCGAACUGUGGAUCUUAAGUGUAUCUGGUUUGAGUUAUAUUGAAUUGUUUUAGUAACUUUAAAUUGGACACAAGUAUUUAAUCUUUUUUUGUUUUGAAAGUAUUUCUGUGGUAAUUGAAAAAAAGUAUUUUAAUUAAAGCAAGAUUGAGGUCUUACGCAAUUCUUCUACUAAAACUAAAAAUCAAGAUGGCUACCUUUUCUGAGUCAACUGUUGGUAAAGAUAUAGGUAUAGACUUAGUAGACUUAUGUUAUUGUUCGGACUGUCAGAAGCACAAAAUUGACCAGCAGGCCGAGUGUUACUGCAAGAAAUGUCUAAAAUUUUAUUGUGCAAAAUGUGUAAUCAAGCAUAGUAAGAAGUUUGUGAAACAUGUGCCGUACGUAAAAGAAGACAAAAAAAUGUGGCCAUUUCCCGAGAAGGAAUUUCAUGAUUUCCUUCAGAAAUGUGGCCUUCAUGAAGACAAAGAUCUGGAAAUGUUUCGUAAAGAAAGACAAUGUGCUGAAGUAUCAGUGCAAGGUGACCCGGACCAGGUAUUCAGUGUAGAAGGAAAGACAGAGUAUGAUGUGAGCCUACGUCGUGAUUCAUUAAAGAACACUUGUAUUGAAGCCAUCUGUGUUCUGUCUUAUGAUCAGAUCCUUGUUGCAGAUAGUAAUAAUAAAAAUGUUAAGCUACUAAAUCACCAAUACCACCCGGUGGGACAUUGUCAUUUAAAUAUGGAUCUAUUUGACAUGUGUAAAAUCUCAGCAAGUGAAGUAGCUGUUACUGUGGAUAAGGGUGAGACACAUGCGGUCCAGUUUGUCUCUGUCAAUGGUGGGCGUCUGGUUAAGGGCAGCAAGCUACAGUUUCAACAUAAAUGUAUUGGUAUUGCUCAUAAUCAGCAAGACCUGUAUCUUACUUCUGGUACUGCACUUUACAAGUAUUCAAUGCAAGGAGACAUGUUGGAAAAGUUGUAUGAGGAUACAUCAGCUUUGAAGACAGUAAGUAAGUGUGCAGUGAGUCCUUCAGGUGACAAGAUAUAUGUCAUCAACUUUUACCAUGGCAAGGUCCUCACCCUUUACAGAGAUGGCACAGUUCUCCAAACCUUCACAUGCUCCUGUGGAAGUGGACUCCCAGCCCCCAUAGACUCACAUCAAGAUGGCCCAGGUGAUCUUUUUGUGGCCUGUAAAAGUGGAUCCUCAGCCGGCAUAGCCUCGGUCUGUGAAAGUGGAAUCGCAUUCUUCUGGAUGACUGAUGGAUACUUUAUCGAACCAGACCUUCACACACGCCCACGCCCAUGUGGUAUUCAUGUGACAACUCUGGGACAUGUUCUGGUCUGUGUAAGCGGAUCAGAGACUAUCCUACAGCUUGAUGGUGAAGGCAAGAAGAAGCUGGCAACUCUUACAUUUUCAGGGAGUGGUAGACAUAAGGGUAGACAUAAUUACCCACGGUCAGUCUUCUACAAUAGGCACACAGCAUCCAUCAUUGUGGGACAAUCCUUUAGCACUAAAAUCAUUGUUUUUAAAGUUAAAUAGUUUUUUUUCACAAGUUUCUCUUAAAACAUUUUGGAACAAUACUUCCAACAUGAAUUCUUGGAGGGAUGGACUUGAUAUUAUAUGGUCUGUCUGAUCAAAAUGUUAGUAUAGCCACCAUCAUUGUGGGACAAUCGACUGGCAACACAUUUCUGGUGUUUAAAGAAAUAUACAUUUAUUUUGUUUCGCAAGUUCCAUUAAAUUUUUUUUGGAACAUGUUCUUUUAACAUGUAUUCUUGGCAACAUCCAAGUCGUAUUCAGUGUUACAUUUCAUCACAUAAUGCGCCUGAAUGAUUUAUUGUGUUGCAGAGUAAUGGGAGCAUAUGGCUUUGUUUGACAAAAUACAUCCAUAAUAAAAUUCUUGACUGUAUGGAUUUCUUAUUAUUAGUAGUACAAUCAAUUGCAUAAUUGUCACUGAUUUAUCUAUUGUAUUGUCACACAAUUUAAAAACAUGCUAUUACAUGUUGCAUAGAAUUAACUGAAUUUUUUGAUGAUUUUUGUUUCAUUUGAAUUGUAUAUAAUCAGUGUAUUGUUGUAAUGUUGACCUUUAUCUAGAAAUUGACAUAUAUGUACAUACUUGAUUUAAUUGCGGUGAUUUGUGAUGCUCUAUGAUGUCAUUGUGUAAUUUCUAUGCAAAGAAAAAAGAACUGUAGGUUACAGUUUAGAAGAGAGGGUUUUAUAAUACUAGUAUUGUAUUUUCAUUAUUUAACUGUUACAUUGUGUUCUGUUAUAAAAGGUAUUUAGAGUUACACAGAGUAAUUAACAAAUAAUGUAUUGUAUCAAUGUUUUUAUGCCCCCUUUUGAAGAAAAGGGGGCAUAUAGUGAUCGGACUGUCUGUCUGUCCGUCUGUCUGUCCGUCUUUUUGUCUUUCGGUCACACUUUGCGUUUAGGUUUCGAAAAAUGCUCAUAACUUCUAUGUCCCUUGAGAUAUAACCUUCAUAUUUGGUAUGCAUGUGUAUAUUGACAAGGCCUUUCCAUAUGCACAAAAUGUUUUACCCCUGUGACCUUGACCUUUAACUUAGGGUCCGCGUUUGGGUUUCAAAGUCUGCGUUUAGGUUUCGAAAAAUGCUCAUAACUUCUAUGUCUCUUGAGAUAUAACCUUCAUAUUUGGUAUGCAUGUGUAUAUUGACAAGGCCUUUCCAUAUGCAUACAUUUUUUUUUACCCCUGUGACCUUGACCUUGAACUUAUGGUCCGCGUUUAGGUUUUAAAAUCUGCAUUUAGGUUUAGAAAGAUGCUCAUAACUUCUAUGUCCCUUGAGAUAUAACCUUCAUAUUUGGUAUGCAUGUGUGUAUGGACAAGGCCUUUCCAUACGCACAAACAUUUUGACCCCUGUGACCUUGACCUUGAAGUUAGGGUCCGUGUUUAGGUUUCGAAAUCUGCGUUUAGGUUUUGAAAAAUGCUCAUAACUUCUAUGUCCCUUGAGAUAUUAUUAACCUUCAUACUUGGUAUGCAUGUGUAUACGGACAAGGCCUUUGAAUCAUACACACACAAAUUUUGACCCCUGUGACCUUGACCUUGAACUUAGGGUCUGCGUUUAGGUUUCGAAAUCUGCGUUUAGGUUUUGAAAAAAGCUCAUAACUUCUAUCAAGCGUCUAUAGGGGGCAUAAGUCAUCCUAUGGUGACAGCUCUUGUUCUGUCUUUUAUUUUAUAUUUUAAGAAUUUAUAUUUAUAAAUGACAAUUUUACUUGUAUUAAUUUAUGUCAUACAUGUAUGUGCCUUUACCUUUCACUGUGUUUUACAGAAUAAAUAAACACUUACUAGUUCAAGUUCA